CUAUCAAUCUAUCUAUCUUUCUCUCUCUUGUUCUUGCCGUAAAGAGCAGCUCUUAUGAAUUCACAAUGGAAUCCUUGUUUCUAUCAUAAUCGAACAGAUACAAACAAGCAUUUGUCAUUUCCUAAGUAAUUAAUCCUUCCUUCCUUCCUUCCUUUCAGCUUCAAUUUCUAUUUCAUUGAUUCUUACAGCCAGAUGUCAAACCCUAAUUCGCAUUCUCCACUCUCGAUUUGAUUCACCAUUUUGAGAAAUGGACAACGCCACUAGCCGGAAUCCUCAUCACCUCCGGAGAAAUCGGCCUCGCCACCGGUCGUGGUGCUGUUCUUUCACUGUUCCGCCUCACAGUCCUGAAAAUCAAGCUAUAUCCCGUCCUAAGCCUGCUAACAAACCUGAAACACCUUCCAAGUACGCUGCUUCUUUUCCUAAUUCUCCUCAGAGCACCAAGCUUGGAUUGGUCGGACGGAUCGAUCCUCGCCGUAUCUUAUCCCCUGGUCGAGUCUCACCUAUCGAUUCUCAGACCGAUUUGGACGAUGCCCUGCACGAAGCUGUUAUUUCAGAGCCUCCGCGCGUUUCUGCAGCAAAUCUCCCUUCUAGAUCGAAUUCUUUGAGGAGAUUACCACCAAAGGAAGCAGCAUCUGCUUCUAAAAGUGGAUUGAAGGAUGAUGAUAAUGGUUGUUUGGGAGCUUUUGAUGUGCGUUUGAAUCUGAAGGGGAAGACUGGAGGUUCUCUAGUUCUUGAACUGAGUUCAGAAGUUUUGAGUGAAAACAGUUCGGUUUUUGCUGAUCUAAUUGCAGAUCAUCGAAGAAAACGCUCCAGCAGUUCGUCUAGGAAUUUAUGUAGGAUUGAAGUUCCAGACGUGGAUAACCUAAAUGUGUUUCGAGAGACAAUUGAGCUGAUGUUUGAAGAAGAUAUCACUAGACGGCUAUUGAAGAUUGGGGUUUAUCGAUCCAUUGAUAUACUUGAGGUCUCAUCAGGCAUCAUGUUUACAAAAGGUGUUUCAUCGUGUUUAAAAUAUCUCGAGGCAGUUCCAUGGACAGAGGAAGAAGAGGAGAAGCUAAGAUCCCUAUUUAGUAGGUCCAUAUUUGAUGAUACAACAACCAGUGAUAUCUUAGCCAGACUCUACCCAAUGGAUCCAUCGACCCAACAACAAGAUUUAGCCACACAAUUGGUUUGGUCAAUCACAACUUGUAACGAUACUAAUGCUAAGAACGAACUGAAAUCGUUGGUCAAAGGUCUCUUCUCUAAAAGUUCAGUAUACGAGAAGGACAAUCAAGAUAUCAACAGAGAAAACCUAUAUAACAUCACUCGAUCUUGUCUUACUUCACUAGUUGAUUUGUUACUCACUAAUUACGAGGAUAAACAACAACCGCUAGUGCAGAGGAUCUCCAAGCAGGUAGAUAAUAUCAACUGGGUCGUAGAGAUUAUGCUUGAUCGACAGAUGGCGGAGGAAUUUGUUGAUAUCUGGAAAGAUCAAGCUGAAUUACUGAAAAUGCAUGAAACUGCUUCUCCUAUGGUUCGGUAUGAGCUGAGUCGGGUUUCUGCAAUGUUGUUCAUUGCUUUAGGGACACGAAAGCUGCAGUGCAGGUCGGAGGCUCGGCUCGGAUUGUUUCAGGCUUGGUUUGGUCCGAUGCUGUCAGAUUUCGGUUGGCUUCAGAGGUGUAGAAAGGGGCUAGAUGUUAGAGCAUUGGAGGAUGCGAUGGGGCAGACACUUCUUACUCUUCCUUUAAAAGAACAGUAUAUUCUGUUCAUGGAAUGGUUCAGAUUUUUCUCAAAGCAUGGUACUGAGUGCCCUAAUCUAGGAAAAGCUUUUCAGAUAUGGUGGCGAAGAUCUUUCCUUAGAGGGUCUGAAUCUCAUGCAAUAGAAAGUCGCUGACUGGCGGAAAAACAGGUCUCGAGCUUUCUCUUUUGUCUUUGUGAUGUGGAAAACUUGUUGUUGCUUUGUAGGUUGGAGGCGGGCGAUUGAUUGAUUGAUAUAGAUUUUAGGUGUGUGUAGAAUGGUGAAUAGAUGUUGUUGAUGAAUGAUAUUAAAGAAUAUUUUAGUAUUUUUCCACUUUGAAGCUUGAAAGGUUGGUUGUUUAGGAAAUUCAGACUAAUAUUAGCUGAAACAAAUUUGGUUGAACCAUGUUUCUUGAAUUGAAAGUUGGGAUUUUCUCAAAAACAAAAGGGAAAGGGAAAGUGUUUUAGUUGAAUUCUGAGCCACCCAUAUCAUUGUCGG